CGGUCACUUUUCUCUCUAUAUAAACAUUAAGCACAGCACUUGAUAUUAAUCACGCGUGCACAUGAUCAGACAGAGUGCGCGUGUCUGAGCAGCUCCCUCCAGUCUCGCGCACUUAUAAUGAAAACAGAGCUACAGUGAUGGAGUUCCGAGAGCUGGGAGCAGACGAGAGCUCGGAAGGAGAACCGGAGGAUUUGGACAGUGUGAAAGCUCUGACAGAGAAACUCAAACUCCAGACACGCAGACCAUCAUACCUGGAGUGGAAAGAGCGACUACAGACGCGUCCGUGGACCACGAAUCCUGCAAAUGUCAGCUCAGCAUCUGUGGAGAAAGACACGAAUCUACCCGACAUCUGGAAAGAUGGAAUGCCUUAUAAAAACAUAUGCGGCUUUGAUACGAUAGACGACGCUUUGGAAUGGCUCAGAAACGAGCUGAGAGAGAUGCAGAUGCAGGAUAACCGCCUCGCACGUCAGUUGAUUCGCCUGCGGGGAGAGAUCCACAGGCUGAAGGUGGAGCAGGUGUGUCACCGUCACAAAGAGAUGCUCGACGAUGCCACGUAUGAGCUGGAGGAGUGUGAAGAAGAAUCUGAUCUGCUGUGUGACAUCCCCAUGAAAGCCGCCUUCGCUCUGUCCACCCCUCUCAAACAUCUCGGCCUCACCAAGAUGAACCUCAACUCCAGACGAUUCUCCCUCUGUUAAGAUGAUGUGGAUGUUCCUGUAGCUUUGUUGUUUCAUGGGUUUGAUUCCCAGAGAACAAAUGUACUGAUAAAAUGUAUACAGUAGCUGGGAUGCACUGCAAGCUGCUUUGGAUAAAAGCAUCUGGUAAAUGGAUAAAUGUAAAUGAUCUUGACUCCGCACACAGUUUUGGUAGAUUUCUGGUUUUCUUCUCAUUAAAGUCUUGUAGUUUGCUUGGGGGAUCAUUUUUCUUUACUCAUCAAAGUGGACGCAACAGAAAAACAUGUUUGUGUACAUAUAAAAGUAUGUGAACCAGGUGAGAAUCAGGAGGAACCUGCUUCAAUGUCACAAGCCAUGUAAUUGGCACACAGUAGCAUCAGUGUCCCUGACUGCUCCGGGGAGGAAAAACUCCCAAAUGGCAGUCAUGCGGGAAGUGUAAGUUGUAUACAGGCAUUCUGUCUUAUCUCUUAAACCCAAAAAUAACCACACUGGAAGUGUUCAGAGAUGCAACAGGCGGCUAAUCUCAACCUUUGUUCUAUUCACUGUUAUAUUCAGCUCACUGUUCGCAGGGGCAGUAGGUCGAAAAUAUCUUGCAGUUUUAGUUGUGAGGUCAGGGAACUUUGUACUGGGGAUUGGGAAACUUUCAUUGACACAGUGAGGUCGUGAGAUUAAAAUGAGCAGCUGGACAUUUAGUAUUGACUUUUGUGCGUGUAAUAAAGUUCAUGCAGCCCAUUCUUAUUAAAUGCGUUUAAAUAGCAUGCAGUAGAAAAAUCGUGCAACACAUACAGCAAAUUCCUAUUUUGCAUGCAUAUGAUACGCCAGUCAUUCCUCGUUUACCUAAUACGCAUCUUUUUGUGUCGUUUUAUUUAUUGGCUUCUCAUUUGUUUCUGUUUUUUAAACCAUUGUAGCUUGGGUUUGGGGUUAGAGCACUCAUCUAUAUAAAUGACUGGAUUGCGCAAGACGUCAGAAUUGUGACGCCACCGCGCUGCCAUGUUGGUAUGCUAUGCCCCAAAAUUCUAUUAAAUCAAUGGACGUUGUUUUUAAUGAUAAAACAUUACUUUACUAGUCUCCAGUUUUAUAUCUGAAGUCUCCCUGUACAUUAUUACAAUGCAAACGACCUAAGCAUGUACAUAGAUAUUUACUGAAAGUUGUACAUUUUGCUUUGAAAAUGUAAAUUACUAUACAUUCAUCGGCAUAUUUAGUAAUGACAAACGUGCUCAUUCUAAAAAUGUGCAUGCAAUCAUUUGCUGUUUUUUUAUUAUGUUACCUUUACAAGUUACGUAAACUUAUUCAGAAAAAUGACGCUGACCGUGUAGCUUACUGUCAAAAAACUUUAUUUAUACCUGUGUCAUUAACAGAAUGCAGCCAACACGUUUUUUUUAUAAUCCCUUAUCCUGCCCGAUUAAAACAUAAACAUUGCAAAUAACACCAGAAUUAACAAUUAAUUUAUGUACAAAUAUCCUAAAAAUUAAUAUUGUGUGACUGAUACACUGUAAAAAGCCGGUGAAUUUAGAUCAUGAUUUUGAAUGUAAGUCAAUGACACCCUCUGCCGGUUGGGUAUACCAAGAUGGCCGCUCGAACUCUGCGCUGGCUUCACCUCACGCUGUUACGUUAAGCGUUAUAUAACUCCAAGUGACCAUGGUUUUAAAAUUGGCAAAACAUGAAGAAACUUUAAAGGAACAGUAUGUAGGAUUGUGGCCAAAACUGGUAUUGCAAUCACAAAACUUGUGGCUAAAACUGGUACUGCAAUCACCCAACUAGUGGCCAAUACACAAAAUGACAACAUAAACAUCAGUUGAGGGCUGCAACUCCACUUUUUAAAUGAUAAUAUCCUGGCCAGAACACUAUUGUCAGUGAUAUAAGUAUUUGAAAUGAAAAUUAUUUCUUAAUGGCUAGUGACAUAUCAGGGCAAUUUUAUGAUUAAUUGAUAUAAAUUUCUUACAUACUAUUCCUUUAAUAUUAAAGCAAAUCCCAAAUCUUACCCAAACCCAAGCGACAAUGGUUUAAAAAACAAACAUAAAACAACACAAAAGCUGUAUAGGGUACUGGCAUAUCAUAUGCAUGCAAAAUGAAAAUUUUGUGUAUGUAUUGCAUGACUUUUCAACUGCAUGUUAUUUAUAUGCAUUUCAUGAGAAUGGGUUGUCCGUUGUCAAUUGAAAAACCAUAGAUUUCUUCAGACACAAGAGUGCCUUCAUAACUUGACUUGAAGUUUAAAUAUGCCUUAAGAAAUUUUGGUUGUUAGAUUUAUAGGGCUGCAUUAAAAAUGCAAUAUGCUACAUCAUGUGGCAUUUUAAUUAAGGUUAUAAAAUAUCCAGUUUUCUUUAAUUGAAACAAAAAACAAAGACUGAAUCACCAAUUAACAAUACAGAUGCUAUAAAGUUAUAUAUUUUUUAAGUUAGAUGAUGUAUGAAAACAGCUUGUUUACUGUAAUUCACUCAUAUUUAUAAUACACUUUGAAAUGGUUUAUACUUCAUUGUUGCUUUAUAUUUACUUAAAAUUUUGUAAAUAAACUCCAUUUAUUGCCUUA